GAUUUCCAAUAUAGACUUCUAAUUAAAUGGAAAGGUUGACUAAUACAAUUUUGUUUUGUCUUUUAGGCUUUAGAAAGAAUGCGUCCUUAUUUGUGUGACAAAAUUAUAGCUGAAAGACACUUCGAUUACCUACGUUCAAAGAAAAUACUCACUAGAGAGGACACAGAAGAAAUUUCUUCUCGAUCUUCGAGUAGGAAAAAAACUGGGAAGUUAUUGGACUACUUGGCAGAAAACCCAAAGGGACUAGAUGCUCUGAUUGAGUCUAUCAGGCGAGAAAGAACACAAAACUUCCUGUUACAAAAGAUAACUGAUGUAGUGUUGAAAGUUAAAAAUGAAAAGCUGGAAGCUCUCAAAGGUCUGAGCUGCAGCACCUGCAUGACCUCGCUGUAUGGAGGCACGAAUGAUCUUUCCAGAUCAUACUCGGAUGAGUCUAACUUCUUUGAAAAAACAAAAGACAAAGAAUCUACCCAGAUAAGUCAUCCAGAAGAAGAUUAUAGCACUGCUGCUUUUCUGUCCGCCGUCUCUCUCCGCUCAAUGAAUUUACCAGUUGCAGAGAUAGGGACCACAGAGAGUGUGGUUUUGUCGGGGCCCCUUCCAGGGCCGGGGGAUCCGGGUGCUCCCCCUCUGCCGCCAGAGCUGCAGUCUGAGCAACAGGAGCCUUGUGCCAGCUCAAGCGACAAUGUCGUCUUCUUACCUCUAAGGUCACGUUCCCUGCAGUCACAGUGA